AUGAUUUUAGAUGUAGAAUUUUGUGACUUUUUUAUUUGGACACCCUUAGAAAGUGAAGGAAAUUACCUACUAGUUAGAGUUUAUCGAGAUGAAAAAUUUAUUAAUGAGAUAAAGCAGGCAUUACACAAAUAUUAUUUUACAUACAUUUUACCAGAAACUGUAACAAGAGAAAAUGAUAUUUAUUAUAGCAACAAGCAGAAAAACUAUUGCAUUUGUAAACGCCCAUGCUUUAAACCAAUGAUUGCAUGUAAUAAACCUAGUUGUGAAAUUGAAUGGUUUCACUACUCAUGUGUUAAUGUAACUCGUGCUCCUAAAGGAAUUUGGAUUUGUCCAAAUUGUUUAAAAUAA